UUGCAUCUCCUCUGCCCUUUAUCGCUCUCAGCUGCUACUUGUAUUGCAACUUGUGUGUCUACAGUACUAUGUGAGAACAAAGUAACGGAUUGAGCUCCAUUAACGCGCGCUUGUUCUUUUUCCCUCUCUCAAGCCUCUCUUUCUGAUAAAGUCGCUUUGAAUCUCUUCGGAGUCCGGGGAAGGAAGCCAUUGGGAUUGUAGUUUCUAGUUUGCUUUUCUGUAACUCUUCUGAUCUCUCUGAGAGCUUUCUGGUUUCAUGGGCCUCUAGUGCACCGGCACCUGUUACCUCGUUCUGGAGAGUUUGGAGCUUCCAUCAAUGACGCUUCACAGUUUUGCAUUUCGAGAGCUAAUUUUGAUAGCUCUGCAUUUUGUGGAGUCUGUUAGAAUGGGUAGGUGAGAAAGAAAGGAGGACCUUCUGGCAAGGAGCCCCACCAAUUCAAAAAUUUGAAGUCCAAAACUAUUGGAAUUAUAUAUUUUCUGUCCAAGAUUGAGGCAGGGUUCGAAGCUGAAACUGGUCUAUGGAAGACCAUCUAAAGCCCAGAAAGGACUCAAGAGAUCAACAAUCUUCAGGGUCGUCUGAGAACAAACUUAUUCCUCAAUCAGGCCAAUGUUUGAAUCUGCAGGACAAGUCUAAACCAGAAAAGACUAAUGUGUCAUAUUCUGAUCUCCAUCGUGCAAUCCUGAAAAAUGUGGAUGAGGUCUCACCGAAGUCUUUGAAGAAUCGCCAAAAGGAACAAAUAAAGGAAAUCGGAGAAGAUGAGCUUGUCAAGCAUAUGUCAAGUCUCCCAAGUUAUCUUGAGAAAGGAAAAAAUCUUCAGGAGAAAGUCUUAAAUGUUGGGGUCCUGGACUGGGCUCGUCUAGAAAAAUGGCAGUAUAGCCACAGACAGUCACAGAUACCAUGCAGAACUAGCAGAUAUUCUAUUUCCAGCAGUUGUUCGUCAUCAUCCUUCUCAACAGAAGGCUCCUCUUUCCGCUCGAGCAGAAGUCACAGUUGCUCUCCUACUCGCCAGAAGGUGCGUCGUCCUUCUCUGCAGUUUCAUUUGAUCACAUCUCCUCCAAAAGAAGGCCCCUAUAAAGUUGACAAACCUUAUGGAGGAAGUAUUGCAAAGUUUAAAGAUGUCAACACUGCACAGAGUAACUCCACAAACCGGUAUGAAAAUUUCAUCCGAAGAGAUCAGCCUUUCCGUAAAAACCAUGCGGAAAUCAAAGCAGAGCAUUACUGGAGAAAAAAUUCUGGCCUAAAAUUAUAUCGAGACGCUGCGCCUUUGCCAAAUAAGUUAAAUAAAGAUCUCGCACCAUGUCCCCAUGUGAGUGCCAAGACUAAAGAAGCUGAAUUUAAGGGAAGAGUGGAGAGGUUGCGAGAACAAAAGCCAAACAUUGUUGAACAAGAUAUCUCUCAAAAGAACAAACCAGUAGUUCUCCUUUUGUCCAGAGAUUACUCCCGAAACAAUGAUUCUAAGCCUUCUGACUCAGCAGCCAUGUUAGGUGAGAGACAAGGAGAAGGAAGUCGUAGAAGCUUUGUGGAGACCUCUAAGCAAGCUCACUAUGCAAAGCUUAAUUCCUAUAUCCCACACUCAUGUCCACUGCCUCUUGAAGUUGACACCGGUGAGCAUUUUCAGAUGGAACGGUGCUUUAAUGAUGCACAAUGUACUGACACUUUGCUUGAUGCAUCUUAUUCAGUUCUGUCUGCACCUGAGAUAGGAAACUGUACAUCUAGAUGCAGAGACCUUGAAAAGAAAAUGCCGGCCAUGAGAUCCUAUUAUUCAAUUGCAAAUGAACCUUCCAAAGCUUUAGAUCCUAAAGUAAGUGGAGUAGCUGCAGGAAAAAGUAGAAGUACUUCACCUUUUCGCCGACUUGGCUUCGGCAUUGGCAAGAUAGGAAAGAGUUUCAGCUCCAAAGAGGAUUUGACCAAACCAGAAUUGAGCUUGAAGCAUAGUUCUGCUUGUCCUGUCAGGGAGACUUCUAUGGCUACUUCUUGUCAGGGCGCCUCUAAUGGUGAUAAAGCUGACACUACAGGCAGAGGAACGUCCAGUCCUUUGAGAAGGUUACUGGACCCACUAAUGAAGCCAAAGGCAACAAAUUACCAUAACUUCAGAGAGCCCUUGCAGAGAGAUUCAAUAUUAACAAAUGCAGCUUGCAGGUCAUACAAUGGGGAAUCAGAUUCUUCAACUGGAACUCUACAGUCUAAUUUGGUUCAGGAUGAGAACCACAGAUCAACCAUUCAAGCUCUUCUUCAAGUUGCAUUUAAGAAUGGCCUGCCUCUGUUCACAUUCGCAGUUGACAAAAAUAAUGACAUCCUUGCUGCAACAAUGAAGACGUUUAGUGCCUCAAGAAAGAGUGAUUAUAACUGUCUAUAUACUAUUUUUGCUAUUAAAGAAGUCAAGAAAAAGAAUGGAAGAUGGAUGAAUCACAGCGGCAAAGGCAAAAGUAAUGAUUACAUCCCAAACGUUCUUGCCCAGCUGAAAGAUACUGGUUUCCAGGUUACCAACUUUGCAAGACAGAACCAUAUGGCAUUAGAGAGUAGCAUUAGAAAAUUUGUUUUGUUUGCUGUGGCCCUAAGAGAGACAGAUCAACAAACAUCAGACUUUCAGCCACAUGAUGAGCUUGCAGCCAUUGUUGUUAAGAUCCCAAAAGAUGUCAGUAGAAGUUCAGUUGUCGAUAAUAAUUGUAAUGACAUCUAUAAUAAGGUGCCAGAGUUCUCUGCCUCGGAAUUAGAUGUCAAGAAUCAGCCAAUUAUUGGUGGACAAGGCAUCAUCAAGACGACAGUCAUUCUUCCUAGUGGUGUUCAUAGUCUACCGACUAAUGGAGGACCUUCAUCACUGAUCCAGCGUUGGACAUCAAAUGGAUCAUGUGACUGUGGAGGUUGGGAUUUGGGGUGUAAACUUAAGGUCUUUUCCAACUGGAAUCAAUUUAGUAAGAAGUCUAGUCCAUCCACAGCUCAUUCCAACACUGAUAAGUUUGAACUUUAUCCGCAGGGAGGAGAACAAGGAAAUGAUCCCGCCCUCACCUUAGAACCAUUCGAGGAAGGAAUAUAUUCAGUUGAGUUCAAUCCAUCUCUAUCCCUUCUACAAGCAUUCGCUGUUUGCUUAGCAGUUAUAGAUAGUAGGAAACCGUGUGAGCUUUCUGAAUCAAGUGUCUUGGUCGAAGAAAAGACUUAUGUGGAAAACACAAUGACACAAAAUGAUGGACUAAGGGCUCCUGGUCACUUUGAAAGAGAGAUUCCUGCUACAUAUGCUUCAUAUCCUCCCCAUUCUCCAGUAGGGAGGGCCUAGUUUCACUGAA